CAUUCAGCAGUCACUGAGAUGGAGAGACCAACAUUCGUCAUUCUUCUGUGUAAGUCCACUCAUUAGUGUUGUAAAUGUUGUGCUGUUUUCUUUAUGACGUUAAUUCUUUCACCUUUGUUCUGCAGGUGUUUUGCUGUGUGAAGAGCAGAAAGUGUUCGGGACAGAAGUGAACAUGAGAGUUAAACCAGGAGAAAGCGUCACUCUCUACUGUGACUGUGCUCUACCGUUUGGAUCUCACAUUGUCUGGAUGAGAAACUGCUCGCAUGAGAAUCAGCCAUCUCUGUUCAUUGAUCCUCCAAAGCUCUUCCUGGAGACGUUUCCACGGUUCAUUUUCCUGCUCAACAGCUCCAGUAACUCCUAUGAUCUGCAUAUAGAGAAUGUCAGUGUCUCUGAUGAGGGACUUUACUACUGUGCGGAAAGGAAAAAGACAUUUAUAGAUGAAGACGGCGUCAAUUCAAAAUAUGUGUAUGAAUAUGGGAACAAAACAACUCGACUAGCUGUCCUGGCAGUUUCUGCACAUGAGUCCACCAUCGCCUCCACUUCUCCUCCAGUGUCAGAGUGUGUGUUCUGCUGGACGCUGCUGUUGAGUGUGUGUCCGGUGUGUGUUCUCCUCUCCUCACUCCUGUCCUCCAUCUGUGUUUACUGCUUCUGUCGUCCUCAAACUACAGGUUCUGACAUGAGUGCUGAGAUGCUUAAAGCAAAUGUUUUGAUGGCAGAUUGUGUGGAGAAACAUCAGUGUGAGGCGAGUAAGACUGGAAAGAUCUGCGUCCACACUGAAGUCUCUUAUAGACGACUGACAUCUAAACAUCCCUACACCAACAUCUGACACAUGAACUGCUCUUAGUCUACUUUCUGUCUUAUUUCUGAUAGUGUUUGAGUGGACAUGCUUUUAUUUACAGCACAUUAUCUAUUACAAUCAACUGUCUUUAAAUGAACAUUAUGAUCCACUGACUCUUUAGGGUUAUACAUUUUAUUUUUGGACAGUAUUAAUGUUUUUAAGACUGUGUUCAUUAAGAAAACAAACAAACAAAAAAACACUUUAUUAAUAACAGCUCAAGGCUGCAUAUGUUUGUAUCUGUAGAUCCUCUGCAUAUCUCAAAAUAAAUUAGUAAGUAAAUGUUCACUCAUGAAUGAUCACUUUUUUUCAAAUAUUAAACAAAUAUUUAAUAUUU